UCCGCUUAUCGUCCGUCGCCUUUGACAAUCUUUUGGCGGCACAGCGUCCAGUCGUCGCACACUUCACCGCUCGCUUCUUUUGCCCAUUGCCAGCCACUCGCUGCUGUCGCGCUCUCGACAAGCCGGCGACGUCUUUGCGUUAGACUGUCCUUCAUUAAUUUUCGCCGGCGAAAUCCACAGACGUUCACUUCGAACCUCCGACGCGCCUCCGCUCGCCAAACAGACCGACCAGCGAGAUGUCGGCGUCCUUGCCAGGUAGCCGCGAGCUGCCGCAGUCGCAGUAUGAUCUGAAGACGUACAUGGGCCGAGUGAGGCAUUCGGUCGGCAUGACGGAUCCCAGCACACUCUUUGCUGGCUCCUCUGGCUUGGAAAAGGCGAAGCGAUUGGUGACGGAGUACAAGACUGGCAAGACCGAAAACAUGUCGCCGGAGCUCUGGCACGCCAAAAAGGUCGUUGACUCGACUCUUCACCCCGAUACCGGCGAGCCCGUCCUUCUGCCCUUCCGAAUGUCGUCCUUUGUCUUGUCCAACCUCGUCGUCACUGCGGGCAUGCUGCAGCCUGGGCUCUCGACCUUGGGCACCGUCGGCUGGCAAGUCGCUAACCAGAGUCUCAAUGUCGCCAUCAACACUGCCAAUGCCAACAAGUCCUCGCCAAUGACCACGGCAGAUAUGGCCAAGUCGUACGCCGUUGCGGUCAGCGCGUCCUGCUCCGUGGCCCUGGGUCUGAACGCCGUCGUGCCGCGACUCAAGGUGUCGCCGAGUGCGCGCAACAUCCUGAAGAGACUGGUUCCCUUCGCUGCGGUCGCGUCAGCUGGUGCUUUGAAUGCGUACCUCAUGCGCCGCGGAGAAAUCGUCACUGGCAUCGACGUGAAGCCGGUGCUGUCCGACGCCGAGAAGAAGAAGCUGCAGGAGGAGGGCAAGUCAGAGCGCGAUGUCCCAUCGCUGGGCAGGAGUCACAAGGCUGCGAAGCUGGCUGUGUACGAGACGGCCGCCAGUCGUGUCUUUAACAACAGCCCCAUCAUGAUCCUGCCAGCCAUGGGUCUCUACUAUAUCGAGUCCAAGGCAAACUGGUACAAGAACAUCCUGGAGAAGGAAUUCUUCAAGGCGCGACCUAGGGCCAGAGCUGCGCUCCCAAUAGGCAUCAACCUGGGUCUGAUUGCCGCGACUUCGUUCUGCGCGUUGCCCUUGGCCCUGGCUGUCUUCCCUCAGCAGCAGGAGAUCAGCGCAGACAAACUGGAGCCCGAAUUCCACGGCAAGGGCGGCGUGGACGGCAAGGUCAUCUUCAAUCGCGGUUUAUAGAGCACCGACGGCAAAAUAGAAUCGAGUGAAUGCCCCAACGACAUGUUGAACUGCAUGAUGUCUUCGAAGCUUGGGCUUUGCUCUGAGUGACUGGCCACUGUCUCCAGGCCAAACACGACACAGCAACCGCCACCAGGUGGAUCGACAAUGUGAAAUACUUCGCAGCACU